AUGUCUUCCUCCAUCACCAUUCAAACUCGUCGCACCAACGAUGAUCUAUGCACCCCCAAGACCAUGUCCAGCUCGUCUGACAGCUCUUAUUCCGAUUCCCCGUCAUCCGCUCCCUCUACUCCGUCAUCGGCUACCAAAACCAAGGGCCUUCACACCCGACGACCGAGCCUGUUGAGCUCCGCCCUCUCCAUGGAGAAGUCGACGGUCAUCAACAUCGGUGACCCUGAUGGUCCUCCCCGUCUCAUCACCUACCUCUCCUCCAGUCAAGGCUUCGACUGGAAUCCCGGUAGGCUUGCCCAGCCUCCCGGCUUCUCCCGCACACCGCUAACAGACAUAUGCGUAGAAAUAUUCCUCCCCUCCUACCUCGACUGCGAUUACGUUCCCCUCGAGAACCGAAGAGAGCCUGUCCACGAGAUUCGACUCAGUGAGGAGGAGCUUCGUGACAUGCUGCCCCAAUAA